AGCUAAUCAACGGAGACUUGGAGCGCUUCCAAGAGACUUCGCACGUAAUUUAGACGCCUCCUGUGUAGUUUUCCUAGAGUUUUUACUGCCGCGGUGUACGCUGAGAGUGAAGGUGCUAGUGUGGUGACUGUGUGCGCCAAUUUUUUAUUUUUUUUUGGACGGUCGGAAAUAGCGAAGUUUUUCACACAAAGCAGCAACUCCACACAAAUAUCUGUAUUUAGUGCAAAACGCAAAAGUUGACGUCGACGUGGAUUCUUGAAACCGACGCGUCUUAAGAGUGGCGCCAUUUAUAGAACGUUUCAAUUGACAAAGAAGUCUUGGCGCGUGUGAUGCCUGAAGACAAUGAGUGUACCAGGGGUUAACGAGGAAGCCCCGUAUCCCCCGCCACUGGUCUCGGGUCAGCAGCAGCGUCGUCGGCGACGUCGUCUGGUGUCUUCUUGUUCAGUAUGCAACGUUUCCAGGGCAGGCCCCGCGUGAGGUCCGGACGCUCGGUGAACAUCAGCGACUGGGAGAAGCAGAGCGAGAUUGUGGAGAAUUGGAAUGAUGAGCUUUGUAGUCGGGAGGCACUUCCGGAAGUCGAGAUCAUCAGUCUCCUGGAGGAACAGAUUCCCAAGUAUAAACUGAGAGCGGACACGUUGACGAAGUUUGGUGGAUACGAGAAUCAGGACUGGUUCAUUCCAUCUCCGGCCUUGCAAGUGGACGAGGCCGAUCUCAAACUAUCACCGGAUCAGAUCCGGGAAACCUUAAACUAUUUCCUUCUAUGUAGCGACCGUGUGAGCCAAAUGACCAAGACUUACGAUGAUAUAGAAGCGGUGACAAGGCUUCUGGAAGAGAAAGAAAAAGACCUAGAACUGACCGCCCGCAUAGGCAAAGAGCUUUUGCAGAGCAACAACAAAUUAGAAAAUACUAUCGCCUACUUGGAGAACGAUCACAGGGCCGCUCUAGAGAAAAUCACCCAGCUAACACAUGAGUGUCAAAAGAAGACCGAACUCAUCCAAAUACUCACCAAUGACAUGGACGAUGCCUGCUACGAGAUGGCGUCGAAUACUGGGAAAGUGAACCUGGAACUGCUCAACAAGAAAAUAUCAAAUCUGCAGGACGAGAAUAAGCAGUUGAAGGUGGAAUUCCACCGGUUAGCUCAGGAUACCAGGGACGUGGAGAAUCAGGAGAGGAGGUUGCUAAGCGAUCUAACGGGACAGUUGUCCUGUGCCAAUUCCAGCAUGGGGUACCUGGAGGGCGAGAUCGACCGUCUGAAGGACGAGACGAGGGUGCAGCAGGACCUCAUACAGUCGCUGCAGGACCAGCUGAAGAUCAACGAGGAGAGGUUUGUGAAGUGUCUGGGCGACAACGAAGAACUGAGCAGCCUGCUGCAGAUCACGAAAGACAACCAGGGCUCCCUGGCCAUCGAGCUGUCCGAGUUCAAGGCGCGCUACUACGAGGUCCACAACCUCCUGCAGGACGCACAAGAGCAGAUCAGGAAGCUGCGCAAGAAGCAACAGCCCGGCGCGAGGAUCUCGUUCUUCUCGUCGCUGGGCGCUGCUUCUGGCGUCGCGCCGUUCGAUAGUUUGCACAACGAGCUGGAGAUGUCGCUGCAUUCGGAGCUGAGCGCAGACUCGGGAAUAUCUGAGUCGGUUCCCCAAUACAAGAAGGUCUUCGAGACGGUGCGAUGCGCCUCCAGGAGCUCCCUGAGCAGCCAGGACAGCGGCACCGGCAGCGCCAUCAUCCACCCAACUCUGGGCGGCACCAUAAGCAGCUCCAGCGUGGCCGCAGGCUACGGCGGUUCAGGUCCCAGGAUGAGCUUCAAGACCCAGACUGCGUCCGACCUUAGACGGUCCUCCGGUUCUAUCUACAACAACAGCUCGCUCGGCUACCCCAGCCUGGAGUCCUCGGUGACCAGCCAGUCUGACACGGAGUUCGGCCUGGUGUCGGAUUCUGACGAAGGAUAUCCGGCCGGCCAGUCCAAGGGGAUCCCCGGAAUACCGGGCGCCACUGACAUAGAGGCGGCUUUGAAGAGGUUGACGCCCGGAGAGGUGUUGGCCAGGAGGUCGAACCUGCAGUUCGGACCCGCCUUUGGAGGAUACGAUGGAGAAACAAGUGUGCCUUUCGGCUGUCGAACACCGGACAGCCUGAUGUCGACUGGCUCUGGUCACUACCGUGGAUGGAAGUUGCCUGAGAAGCUGCAGAUCGUGAAACCGAUGGAGGGAUCUUUGACCCUACACCACUGGUCCCAGUUGGCCCAACCCAGCUUUGCCGGUCUCUUGGAAGAGAGACCCGGAGUUAAAGUCAGGGGUGGUAAAGAAUUGGAAGAACUCGGGCUGGAAUCGUACGGUCUGGAAGAUCUGGAGGAGGACGAGGAAUAUUCGAAUCCAGGAAAGAUAUUCGAUUCCUCCGCGCCCACCUACACGAUGACCACGAGCAUGGUGAUGCACCCCGACGACGGGACUUUCAUAACGCCCAGUAACAGGACGAGCAGAGUCACUUCCGUCUGUUCGAGCAUCCAGAAUUCGCCCCCGCAAACUCCCAUGCUCAGCAGAAGGAACUCCUGCAGCACCUUUUCCACCACCUUUGGCCUUGCGAAGAUGCUGAAUGAAAGAGGUAUAAAAGCCGUCACCCCGUCUGCUAUCAACAGUCCAAGUGGCCCCAAUAGUUUCACACCAACAGCGACGCCUUGCAAUAGUCCAGAUGCUAGUCCUGAUCAUUCUAGAAGCAGCUCACCCGAACGACAACCGGAAGCCUUCAGUUUACCUCAGCUGAUACUGAGCUCUGUGCCGCAAUUCCUCAGGGAUUCUAUGGGCGGUGGGGUGAAGAAGAAGACUUCCUUCCGAGCCAGCAGGAGAGGCAAAAAAGCUGAGAGCAUCGUAGGUAGGAUAGAGAGAAUCGGCAUUUCCAACCUGAUGGGAAAUCCCGGAUCCCUGUCCAUAACAGCUGGAAUGUACGCCAGACCCGGCCUCAAUAGUCCAAUGGCCCAACUAACUUGUCUCUUGCCAAGUAAAAGUACUGAAAAUCUAUCUCAUAUUGGCAAUAAGGUUCCUCCUAGUGUACAUUCGGCGCCGGCACCUGCCCCAAGCGACAGUGGAAUGGGCGUGCCAGGACGUCCUGGUAGCGGAGCCCUGAGCAGACGCUUGGAACAACUGAAUUCCCGGAAGCAGCGAAGAGCCAACGGAGUCACAAGGCCGGAUCUGGGUACCGUGUCCACUUCGAAAACUCCAGAAGAACAAACCCCGCCAGGUGGAUGUUCGACGUUGGGUACGUUGAGUUCACUGUUGUUUGGUCGUAAAGGCGGUUUAUUUUGAACAGCGACAAUAACGGAGUCCUAUACGCACCAGUUGAGCAUUAGCACACACAUACAAGUUUUUUAUGAGAAAACUAGAAGACCCCUUUUGGUAGGUGCCUGUGGGAAUACAAAAUGAAUCAGUAUUUGUACAGCGUUGCCGUGUCUGAUUAGUAUGUCAUCGUAUAUUUUUGAAGGAGUAACUGGUCACAUGCAAUAACUAUUUAUAUUUUACUAUUAUUAUUUUUUUCGAGAAAAUCGGUCUGAAUAUAGAAAUGCUUUGCUUGGAGUCUAAUAGACAAGGAAAUCAUUCAACUUACCACUUGAGGUGGUAAGUUGGUUGAAACUAACCUAAAAACAACAAUGGAAAUAUCAGACAGAGGUACAUAACAUCUGGUUUUGAAAUUUUCUUUGUUAUUGAAAGAAAACAUUUUUUUUUACGUUAUAAAUCGAAAUGAAUCAUAAAUGACUUAUAUUUAUGCAUUUAUUUCCUAAAUUCGGUGUUCAUCUUUUCAUUUUCUCAAUUCACGUUUAUUAUCUUAUUGUAAGUAGGUGACCUAACAACUUUCUUCUUCCUAUGGAAGCGUUUUUUGAAAUGAUAAUAACCAAUAAAAAAAUUCAAAUAAACAAGCAUUUACAUCAAGAUUAAAAUUACUCCUGCCUCCAAGUAACAUAUUCGUGAGAAAUUAAGGAUACCAUUCCAUUUAUUAUUCUGUUAUUACAUUAUUGGAUCACUAUACCAAGAGAAGCAUUUCUCUGUCGUGCUAUUUUUAAAAACGAUAACCUAUUGUGUCAUUAUUCAUUAUAUAUUCCCAAGAAUGCGGCUUCUUUUGUGAUAUUCUUAAGUAGUAUUUUUCAUUUUUCUGAAUAUUUGAUAGUACGAGUAGCUAUUCGAUUAGGUUGUAUGAGGUAUUUUAUGUGAUUUAUUCUUUGAUCUGCAACAGUUUUCGGAAUAUUUGGAAAUAUUCCUUCACAUUGUUUUGAGAUAUUGGCAACUGAGGAUAUAUAUUUAUUUUGAGAUGAUUUUUAUUCAUUGAUUCAAAAAUUUAAAACGUGAAAACUGAUUAAUGUUGUCUAUAUCUGUCUUUUUUUUUACUAGUGCCGGAAUAUUUUCGAUUGCCCAUUUUCUAGAUUUAGUGAAUUACUGUAAUGUUCUGUACAUAGAAGGAAAGCUUUGUGAAUAGAGUAGCAAAUGUAAACUCCUUUGGUGCUGUCAAUAAAUAUGUGUUUUGUUAUAAUUUAAUGUAUACUGUAAAGAAUAUUAUUUGUAAAUAAAGUAUAACAAUGAAAAAUGAAAAAGGUGAAUGUAUUAUUUACUCAGUUCUAUAAAUUAUUUGACAAGA